AUGGCCUCUGUAAGCGUGCCAUUUCUUCAGUUGCCGUGCAUUGACGCUGCCAGCAUUGAGGGAAAUUCAGAAACUGUGUUGGAAUCCUCGAAAGCGGAUGACCGUGAAAACGGAAAGCUCGACGCUUGUGUCACUACAAGCCCAAACUCAAAGCGCAAGCGAGCAGCGGAAGGGAUCAAUCCUGGCUCAACCAUUCCUUCUGAAAACUCCAGACAUACAGGCCUUGCCAUAUCAACCAAUGACAUGCAAACUUUUUAUUUGACCGGGCUGGACGCUGCUGUCCGUGAUCAACCCACUGCUUCUGGAGUAUUCGAGAGCAAUGUUAAUGCCUCCUUGAUUUCUCCGUCAAGUGCUAAAAAGCUGUGUAGCCAGCACGAGUUUCAUGCGGGACUGUCCAAUACGACGGAAACACGGAGUCCUGUUACGACAGCUCGCGGAAGUGGAAAUUCGACUGGACCCUCGGAGUCUCAACGAAGAGCUCUCUUUUCCUCAGAUCACAGCCAAGCUCUGUCUAAUAUUCCGUCGUCACCAUUGACCAUGACCAUGACCCCAUCUUCUGACAAGUUUCCCCGCUGCGUCUCGAAUAACGAGAGUCCUCUCCAGCGCUCCGUGUCGUGCUAUAUUAUGACCCCCGUAAAACCUCCAGCAUCUCCCCGCUCGCCUAAUCAACUACGAAAGUCUGGGAGUUUCGGAGUUGCUUCCUCCCCGCGAUACGUUCCAUUGGCGCCUCGAAUCAAAGCGUCACCUCCUUUGACUCCAUCGUCCGUUCCGUUAUUCCACGGCUCUCCUGUCAUUCCUCCUGUCGGCCAGAGAGCUGCGAAGAUAUUUGGCUUGAUGGGACUGAAUGCCUGUGCUAGCCCCUCUCUUACUGCUACCAACAGUCACUGUCACGUGAAUGCUGCACCUUUACCGCCCUCGCCGUUGCUGACUAAGUCACAGAGUUACUCCGUUACGCUCUCUCCUGGCAAGGGCGUAAUGCAGCAGCGCAAGGGUGUGAUCACAAGAAGUUUAAGCGAUCCUCGCCUCAUUCUCACCCAGGACUCUCUUCCUCCGCCGAAACCCACACAGCAUUCUGUUCAGGGAGAGCGUCAGUCGCUUCCGUCGCCUGGUGGAUGGACUCUGCAACAGAGCAGUUCCACUACAUGUUCGCCACAUGUGCCAUCGCACCGACAGCUUCGAUCUCCUGCGACGCUUCCACUGCCGCCCCCAGCCCAUCUUGUCCAAAGUCCAAAUUCUGUGGCGCAGCAUUCUCCUCAACUGCGCGCUUACCCAUCCACAAGUUCCCCAGGCCGCUGUUCGUCUCCCGUGGGCCCUGGUGUACACACUGGGCUUGGAUGGGUGGAUCGGCUGUCCGACAUUGCGAAGCAGAAGGCCAACGCCAUGGCCGCAGUCUCCAACUGUCUGAUGCCGACAAGGGUCAUAACGGGAUUCGGAAGCCAACCCCUGAAAGAUGCAAGUCCGUCUUGCAGCCAGGCACGGGUUGACGUCGCAUCAAAUGUUCAGGUUGGGCAGACGAUGGUGAUCCAGAAUGGUUGCUGCCAGACAAUGCCAGCAGCAGUCACGGGUCGUCCAGUGGGGUCAUCUGGGAUGGCAAUGCAGGGCGCGUGGGCUUCUGGGAAAGCCUCUCCAAUUGAAUCUCAACCUCUUAAAGGAGGGUAUGACACCCUCACACAGCCACGACAGCUGCCACCGUCACAAAACCUUAAUCUGGAUCCACGUAGUACUGACCAGCAACAACAGCCCAAGUCUUUUCAGUCACCUGAACAGCAGCAGGGCCAGGAUCAGCAACUCUCCAGCAGCCAAGAAGACAUGAGACUCCUGCCACCAACAGAGGUUAUGCAGCAGAUGCAACAGCUACAGUAUUCCCAGCAGCCUUCACCGACGGACGCUCAUCAGCCAGUUCUUUGUCAGCACAACGCCUAUCAAUACCGGCAGCAGCAGGAGCAGCAGCAGCAGACACGGCAGGAGCAGCAGCAGCAGGCACAGCAGGAGCAGCAGCAGCAGGCACAGCAGCAGCAGCAGCAGCAGCAGCAGCAGGAGCAGCAGCGGGCACAGCAGGAGCAGCAGCAACAGCAGCAGCAGGAGCAGCAGCAGCAACAGCGACAGACCAUUUUGUGUGGCAGUCCGAGAUCUCCUCGGCCAGACGUGCUGGGGAAUGCUGUUAACAUAGUGCCUCCGCUGAUGAACGCCGCUCCUGCACUUGACCUCCCUUCUCAUCCUGCGCGUGCUUUCACUCACAUGGAUUGCUCUGUGGGUAUGAAGAAAUCAGAGUCAGUAUGCGACAGCUCUGCCACUUCAGUGCAACAUGCUCCUGUUCCACUUCCACGUGCAUCAACUGCUCCUACAGCUUCACAUACAGCUAGUUUUGACCACUAUACGAGCUCUAUUCUUCUUCAGCAAAACGGCCACUUUCAAGGAGGAACGGAUCCAAGCUCAGAGCAGCAUCUAUCACCAGGAAACUUCACCAAUCUGCUACCUUAUAGCCAUGCAGGGCUGCUAACUAGUGAUCACCUGAGUUCACCCCACCGGCUUACAGCAGACCUUGACUACUCAAUUGCCUCGCCAGUUCACGACAUGGAUGGCGCCACCUGGACUGAUGCAGGUCUUGCUACAGUGCAAGAACUGGAGCUGCAGGAGCUGGAGGUACUGGAAUGGCUACCUGACAAUGACAUUGAGGCUGGCGGUUUCUUUGACAACAUUGACCAUGGUCUGGUACAGGCAGGGCUUGAAGGCCACAUGUCUCUGCCUAAGGACGUCAACACUGCCAAUGAUCUGGACCAGGAGGAGAGUGCAAUAGAGCUGGAGCCGCAACAGUUAGCCAACGCAGCAGUGGUCGCCAAUGAUGAUUCGCUGCUUCCUUCCAAACUGCCUGAAGCUGGUCCCGAUAUCACUGCGAUUGAACCAAAUGCUGCAGAAGUGAGCUGUCCUGCAGUGGAACCAGCUGCAGAGUGUCCGGUGAUUGUGGAAGGAGAGACAACAGGGAGUGGCAAUGCACUGAGUGGUUCUGUUCAUCCUGGUUCCACAUCAGAAGUGCCUGUCGUGGUGAAGGGUGGAGUUCAAGGCAUUUUUGGUGGAAGUGCCAAAGAACAGGAUGAGAUGGCAAGUCUCAAGUGCACUGAGGAUGUGCAGCUCUGGUGCCCCAUGGAGUACUGA